GCUCCAGCUGCCUCCUCGUGUCUCUGCUUCGCUGCGAGCUCACAGAGCGGCCGCCGCCGCCGCCGCUGCUGCUGGGUGCAUGCACCGGGGGACCGGAGCGCGGCGGAGGACCGGGCGGCGCCGGGCUGCCCUCAGUUGGUGCUGGGUAGCGGCGGGGAACUUUAACGCUGGCUCCAAGUGUUGGGCUCGGUCUGCGGUUCAGCUGCAAUGGAUCCUCCAGCGGGGAUCGCCUGUCUGCUGCUCUGCGGUGCGCUCUUCCUGCCCGGGAGCGCCCUGCAGAGCUCCAGGGAGAGAGAUCCUGUUUUGAGGAAUAUAGAGGAAUACAGACUUGUCGUCCCAGUCAGCACAGAUUCAGAAGGCAGGUUCCUAUCUAACCUGGUGUCUGGACCUCCAAGGGGGCGCUUCCGAAGAGAUGCUGGGGAUAUGCAACAUGAAGCUUCAAAUGAGCAAAUAUUUUAUAAUGUCACUGUUUUUGGAAGAGAGUUUCACUUCAGGCUGAGACUGAACUCUAGGCUGGUUGCCCCUGGAGCAACAAUUGAAUGGCAAGAGGAUUCUAAUGUGACUCAUAUUGAACCACUCCAUGGGAAUUGCCUAUAUGUUGGGGAUAUCACUGAUUUGCCUAACGCUUCAGUUGCUAUAAGCAACUGUGAUGGGCUGGCUGGCAUGAUUCGCACAGACAAGGACGAGUUCUUCAUUGAGCCUCAGGAGAAGGGCAGUCAGGAGGAAGACGGAGGCAGGACACAUGUGGUAUAUCGCAGAGCAGCUGUCAAGAAGCCACUUCCCACUGAGAACACAGAUAUCCAGUAUAAAGCAGCUGACCUGAGUAAUCUGGAUAACCUUGUCAGUAUGCUGAGCCUCAUUGAAGACCGAGUAAAUAGCUCAAGAAAAAGAUAUCGGAGGCAUGCGACUGAUGAUGACUACAACAUUGAAGUUCUCCUGGGAGUUGAUGACUCAGUUGUACAGUUCCAUGGAAAAGAACAUGUACAGAAGUACCUUCUGACCCUGAUGAAUAUCGUGAAUGAAAUUUACCAUGAUGAGUCCUUAGGUGCCCACAUUAAUGUUGUUUUGGUGAGGAUAAUCAUGCUGAGCUAUGGGAAAUCCAUGAGCUUAAUAGAGAUUGGGAACCCUUCCCAGAGUUUGGAGAAUGUAUGUCGCUGGGCCUAUCUACAACAGAAGCCUGACACUGCACAUGCAGAAUAUCAUGAUCAUGCUAUUUUUCUCACAAGGCAGGAUUUUGGUCCAUCUGGCAUGCAAGGCUAUGCUCCAGUUACUGGAAUGUGUCAUCCUGUGCGAAGUUGUACCCUCAACCAUGAAGAUGGUUUUUCCUCUGCAUUUGUGGUGGCCCAUGAAACUGGGCACGUAUUAGGCAUGGAGCAUGAUGGCCAGGGCAACAGGUGUGGGGAUGAGGUCCGAAUGGGGAGCAUCAUGGCGCCUCUUGUCCAGGCUGCAUUCCAUCGCUUCCACUGGUCUCGCUGUAGCCAACAAGAGCUGAACAGAUAUCUACAUUCCUAUGAUUGUCUGCGUGAUGAUCCUUUUGAACAUGAUUGGCCUUCCCUUCCCCAGCUGCCAGGAAUUCACUACUCCAUGAAUGAGCAAUGCCGUUUUGAUUUUGGUUUGGGCUACAUGAUGUGCACAGCUUUCCGUACGUUUGAUCCCUGCAAGCAGCUGUGGUGUAGCCAUCCCGAAAAUCCUUAUUUCUGCAAAACAAAGAAGGGACCACCACUGGAUGGGACUAUGUGCGCGCCUGGAAAGCACUGCUUUAAAGGUCAUUGCAUCUGGUUAACUCCAGAUAUCUUGAAACAGGAUGGAAAUUGGGGAGCAUGGAGUAAGUUUGGCUCCUGUUCUCGAACCUGCGGUACAGGGGUAAAAUACAGGACACGGCAAUGUGACAAUCCACACCCAGCUAAUGGAGGCCGUACAUGCAUAGGGCCAACCUAUGAGUUCCAGCUUUGCAACACUCAAGAUUGUCCUCAGGAUUCUGAUGAUUUCAGAGAUGAGCAGUGUAGACAAUGGAAUCCUUACUUUGAAUAUCAGAAUACGAAACACCACUGGCUCCCAUAUGAGCAUCUCGAUGCUAAAGAAAGGUGCCACCUGUACUGUGAGUCUAAGGAGACUGGCGAUGUUGUGUAUAUGAAACGAAUGGUACAUGAUGGAACCCGCUGCUCAUAUAAAGAUUUUUAUAGCAUCUGUGUGCGAGGGGAUUGUUUGAAAGUUGGAUGUGACAGGGUAAUAGGUUCCUCUAAGCAAGAAGAUAAGUGUGGUGUCUGUGGUGGAGAUAACUCUCACUGCAAGGUGGUGAAAGGAACGUUCUCCAGGACACCAAAGAAACCAGGGUACCUUAAGAUAUUUGAAAUUCCUGCUGGUGCAAGGCACUUGCUUGUACAAGAAACAGAUGCCACCAUUCAUAAUCUUGCAAUUAAGAACCGAGAAACAGGGAAAUUCGUUUUAAAUGAAGACAACUAUGUACCAGAUUCUAAAGUAUUUGUUGACAUGGGUGUGGAAUGGGAAUACCGGAAUGAUGACGAUAGAGAAACAGUGCAGACCAUGGGGCCUUUGCGCAAUGGUAUAGUCAUUCUGAUGAUUCCUCAUGGUGGUGCCAAGGUUUCUUUGACUUACAAAUACAUGAUCCAUGAAGACUCCUUAAAUGUAGAUAACAACAAUGUUUUGGAGGAUGAUUCAGUAACAUAUGAAUGGGCUCUGAAAAAAUGGUCCCAGUGUUCAAAACCGUGUGGAGGAGGUAAUCAGUUUACGAAAUAUGGUUGCCGGAGGAAGACAGACCACAAGAUGGUUCAUCGGAGAUACUGCGAGACGAUCCAAAAGCCAAAGCCUAUUCGCAGAGCAUGCAAUCUGCAGGAAUGUUCCCAACCAAUAUGGGUUACAGGAGAUUGGGAGCCCUGCAGCAAAAGCUGUGGAAAAACAGGAUAUCAAGUACGUUCCGUACGGUGUAUCCAACCCCUGCAUGACAACACAAAUCGUUCUGUUCAUACCAAAUAUUGCAACAAUGAUCGUCCAGAAGGCAGAAGGUCUUGCAAUCGAGCACUUUGUCCUGCCCAGUGGAGGAUAGGACCCUGGUCACAGUGCUCUGUAACUUGUGGAAACGGCACACAGGAACGGCAGGUUUUAUGCCGGACAAGAGACAAUGCUAGUGGCUAUUGUAAAGAUGACAAACCGGAAACAAUGAGGAUCUGCAGACUAUCUCUAUGCCCCAGAAAUGUUUCUGAUCCAUCAAAGAAAACCUAUAUGAUACAAUGGCUGUCAAGACCAGAUGGAGAUUAUCCCAUCCAGAAAAUAUCUUCAAGGGAACGUUGCCAAGGAGACAGGUCCACGUUUUGUCGCAUGGAAGUUCUCUCUCGUUACUGUUCAAUGCCUGGUUACAAUAAGCUGUGUUGCAAGUCCUGUAACCUGUAUAACAACAUAACAGAGGAUGAUAAUGUAACUGAUUCUAACCUAAAUAAGAAUGACAUUGAGGAGGAUCUCCUACCUACCCUUACUCCUCCUACUGGGGUGGUUGUCAUGCAGGCUACUGCUAGUCCUCCUCUUGUUCCCAAAUCAAACGCCACUCAUUCCAAUGCAACUGAGAACCACCCAGAAAUCAAUGCAGUAGACGUGCCAUAUAAAAUCGAUGGGCUGGACAAUGAAGUACCGCAGCACAACCUCAUCCCCCGGAGGAGGCUGACUUACGAAAGGACAAAGAACCAAAGAAUUCAGGAGCUGAUCGCUGAGAAAAGAAAAAGAGAGACUAUUAGUAAGCUACAUUAAAAUGGAAAUACGGCGCAAACGACAUUUUUUUCUCUUAUAGAGAUGUUACCGCCACCAUAGUAAUGCCCAUGUCAUAAAAACUAGAAAGAAAAAAGCGGUGCUAUGGCAGAAAUGCCAAAUCCUAAUACCUAAAACAAACAGAAAUGUAAGAUUGUUUCAUAAUGCUAGUAUAACCAUUUCAAUGGCUAGGUUUACAGGGUGCUAUAACGUACUAGUGCAAUAUCAGUACAGUAUUUCACUGAAUCCAAACAAACCUAUUACCUAGCCCAGAUCAGCAGGUUUAUUGAUUAUGGGCUCUUUUCACCCCUCAAUGCAUUGCAUAACUCCUAGGGAAUGUGAAUGGGAGUUACAGGGAGGAGAACAGACCCCAUUACCUACCAAUGCCUUUAAUAGUGACAGUCAGUUGAUCAAGAGAAGCAUUACAUCAAACUGUACACUAAAUUACUCCCAGAUUCAGGAAGGUAUUUAAGAACACGCAUGACUUUAAACAUGCAAGUAGUCCCACUGCCUUAAAUGGAACUAUUCUCAUGGCUACACUUACAUGGACACUUGUGUACCUUUCUUAACUGGGAUCUUACAUUUGCGAUUCUUUGUACACCCAUAUAUUUAAUCUCAGUUCAGAACUGAUAACCAGUAGUUUGCAUGUUCCCAUAAACAAUUUCAAAGCAUUUUUCUAAGCAUUUGCAUCUAUAAAAAUUAUUUACUAUUUGACUGGACCUAUACACUUUAGACUGACAAUGUCCUAGUCUUUUGAAUAUCUUUGUUUCAUAAACUCCUGUAAUACAAUAUCCCCAAUGGUUUUUGUUGACAUUCUUUUCGGUCUAUCUUUUAUCCACACUCUGUUUAACUUAAAAUGACUGGAGUCUCUUUUCCUUUCCUUUCCUUUGGUGCUUCAUGAAGAAAGUGUAAUUGUGUGUGUUAACAUUUUCCAUGGUACAAUGUUAUGUCAUUCUGAAGGAAAAAAAUGUGUAUUAUCAAUCUUUCCUUAGGACAGCUCUGGUGCAGCAGAAGUGAACAAUUGUUCAUCAUGCUUAUAUAUAAACACAGUACCAAGUUUGCUUAGAUCUUAGAGAUGUGUAGCCUGACAGCCCUUUGAGUACUUCCUUUCCCUGCAAUAUCUUCUGAUAGCUGAGGGCCUAUAUAAGCAACCUCACCAUUUUCCGUAGCUCAUUUUGGAUGGCUGGUAGGCAGAAGACACAUUCAACUUGGUGGUUUGUACCUUUUGGUGAGGCCAUGCCUGCUUUCAAAUGCAAGGAUCUUACCAGCCGACUUACAGGCUAACUAAUGUGAAUAGUAGGUACUGAACAUUUGAGCCAAAGACCACUAAGCUCAGUGGAAAGGUUCCCAUUGACUUCUGUGGGUUUUGCAAGCCCUGGAAUAUUGUAGGAGUAGGAAUUAAAAUCUUUGUGGGUGUGGGGUUUAUUAAUUUUGCUCUUGCCUACUGGGUUGACUUUCCCUUGUCUGCUCAAGCCUGUUAAUAUUUUCCAGGGGAUAAGGUCUCUUUGAAACUGUCAUUACACAUAGAAAAGCCAGGCAAGGCUUAGGGCCACCUUGAUACUGCCAGUUCACAUAGAAAAGGCAAUUGAGAGGUGGCAAAAUGCUCUCAAUUCAAGUUUUUGAUCUUGAAGUGAGACCGUGACCUUGUAUCUUCUCAGUUGCACAGCCUGGGCAUAUGCUAAAUUCCCAAUGCAUAUAAGAUGCUACAUAGCUUAGUUGCUGCUGAAGCAAUGUUGAACCUGGCAGCCAGGCCCUCACUGAAAAGCAAACCACAACUGACUUUCUGCUGUCCAGGAUGGGGCCCCCAGUGCUGCUUUUAAAGGUUGUGAGUGAAUGGGUCACCUAGCGUCCAUUGCAGUGUCCCAGUUCAGAUUGGAAAGAGACAGCACUAAAAGUAGCCCUGAGUGCACUGAAUUAGUGAAACCAGCAACUCAAUCUAUGCCCAGAAACUGUUGAAAGGACAAGAGCCAAGGGUUAACAAAAAUAAUUUACAAAGAAUAUUAGACAAAGAAGGGGCCAAUUUUAUCCCUGUUGUAAUGCCAUCAGCUUCACUGCCUCACAGGAUGGUGUGGAGGUCAGUUCAAAGUAAUAGGGGCAUAUAUAACAGCCUAAAUUGACAGAAGUUACAUCAGGGCUUGAUAUAGGUAAAGACUCUUGUAACACCCCUGUGCUCUCAGGUUUCAGGGUUCAAAGUAUUAGCUCAAGCAGCUACGAUGCAUUAGCAGACGCUGAAACCUCUUUAAAGGGGCACAAAGAACCACACUCUUCCCAUAUACGCUGUACUUACACAACCUCUUCCAUUCUUUUCCUACAAUGGCCUCUUCUCUUGUGGCUGGUGGGAGAACGUUCCACUAAAGCAGGGGUUUCUUUUUGGUUCCAAAAAAAAAAAAAAUUAAAAGUCCAUAUUGUAAAAACACAGGCCAGGUUUGUGUGUGUUAAGUCUGUUGGUUGAAUUAAUGGCUCAGAUGAAGGGAAGAGCUGUCUUGGAGAUAUACCUCUCAUAGAAUGGGAAGGGACCCCAAAAGGUCAUUGAGUCCAGCCCCCUGCCUUCACUAGCAGGACCAAGUACUGAUUUUGUCCCAGAUCCCUAGGCACGGCACAGAAAGGCCCUGCCAUGAGACGCUGACAGAUAAAUAGAUGAGCCAGACGUCCUCUCGCUCUGUUUUUCCUGUGUGCUCCCAAGCAUUGCUGACUGUGACCUGUGCUGUCUGUCAGGUGCCCACAGCCAAGCACAGGCCUGAGCAUGUGGGAGUGUAACAUUAUGCAGCAGCAGCCUUUCCUGGGGGGUUCAGUGCAGCUAACAAGUUUAUCUGACAGACCCUCACAGUCUGGUUCAGAGGCUGCCAUGUCACUUGCAUAAAAUAUGAAAGUGAAGUCAUGGGCUCCACAAAGGAAAAAUUGGGCAACGUCUAUCUCAGAAAGUCUUAGCUAAAACAGCCCCCGUUCAGCUUCUAUGCAUAAAAUCUAGAUGCAGGAGAAAGCAGGGUAGGUUUGAAUUCCCAGCGUGUAGGAAUGAGAGCGAUUUUAUGCUUUUUGUGUUUCCCCUGCUCUAUUGUGACAGUUCAACUUAAAGAAUACUCUCCUCUUUCCCUGUAUCACCCUAACGUUAGGUCUACGAGGGCAAUGCAAUAAACAGGGACCCCCACUCUAACGUAGCCAGACAGCAUGUCCAGUCACGCAGUGAACUAGACAAACCUAUUUGUGGGGAAACCUUGCAGGCUUUGGAGCUAGGCAGGUAGCCACCAGACUCUAGGUCUCCACCUCCCCAGAAUUCUUUUCCCUCCAUCAGACCAUGUGACCCCUUUCUCCCCACCCCCUUCUCUGCAUCCUUAAGUGUUGCCCUGGACUCCUCAUGCAGGGAGGAGUUGAUAGAUGCUUGCAAAAUUCAUUUGGUCACUUUGAUGGAUAACAACCUUGUACUGUCCUCUGGCACCUUCUGGGGUCAUAUUUCCUUCUUCACAUACAGCCAGGAGAGAACAUAGUUAAAUGGUUUCUGCUACUCCUGAGUGCAUGGAAUAGGUUUAGCGAGCCAGGGUAGCCAGGAAGAAAUACAUGACAAAAAACCCACAACUCAAAGGUUGCCCUACAAUUUCCACCCACUCUAUGGAGGUAAUGGGCAAUGUUGUGGAUCAGAAUCUAACAGAAAAGCCACAUUUUCACUGAAACAUCCCACCCUAAGAAAGAGCAAAUUCGGGGGCGGGGGGGGGGGUGUCUGCUUUUUUGUAUCACUUCACACAGCUCUACCCUGCACCCAUGGUUUGCAUAGUUGCAAAUGACUAGAUGCAUUCUGCCUUAUGUUAGAACUAGAGGAGAGCCAGGGCCGAACCCUCUGGAGACGAAACUUUUGUCAACCUCACGAGCUGCAUUUUGAGUUUCAAAGCUUGGUCAGAGUUCGGAAACAGUUUGGCACUUCAACACUUUCCCCCUUCCCAAGAAUGAUUCAGUUCUUAAGGGAAGCCCAUCCUGUACAGGAGAAACAGAACACUCCCCAGAAAGCAAGGCUGGGACCAGUAUCCAUAUGGUAUAUUCACUAGGGGCCUGACUGAGCCAUGCCCACAAAAGUUAACGGGUGUCUUUCCACUGCCGUCAACCAGUGUUAGACCAGACCUUAGCGUUUCUCUAUUUCUGACCUAGAACUCUUUCCUUUUACAGGCUCUCUGUACUGAGCUUUCACUCUACCGUCUUGCUUUAUUUUUGACUAUUUUAAUUCCAGGGGGUUGCUUUUCCACCUUAGCCUUUUUUUUUUCCCCCAUGAAGUCAGUGACAUCUGAACCCAAGUCAAACUCUUCAGUCCACGUUGUUCAGCAGGGUAAGAUACUGGCCAAUGAGGGUUUGCCCAGCCCUCUGUGAAACAGAGCUGGUUGCCACCUUCUCUUUACAAUAUUUCCAUAUGAGAAAGAAUCUUACCCUAAACCAAAAGAACUGCAUUCCUUUAAACUGACCAUCGUAUUUCCAGUUCACAGAGCAGUGAAAAACCUAAAUACCUUUCAGGAUUUGGGCCACUCAGGUUAAGCAGUAAUUGGGGUCUGGCCCACAGUUGCUUUUGUUCCUUUUUAUGUGGUGGAAUACAUGGAUUGUUUACAGGCCUGUUAAACUUCGGACAGCAGCUUCCUCUUGCACGGCUACUUUUAGUAGCAUAGCUAUAAAUUGGGCAAAAACAAUUUUAUUACAUGGUCUUUUAACCAUCGCAUAGGCAGUACCUUUUGAUGCCUCCCAACCCCAGGGUACCAAUUUAACACAAUACCCAGGAAUAAAAGACAGGAAUCUAUAUAGUUGUAGAUCUGCUAUUUCUGUAGUGGCCACUGGCUCUCUGAUCUGAAAGCUGAAACAGCGUUCUCCCUUAAGAGAGGAUUUCCUGGUAGGUAUUCAUAUAGUCAUGGAGAUUAAGGGUUUAGGGGCCCAGCACCACGCCCAUUAAAUCCAACCACCAAAUUAAUGCAUCCAGAUUUUGAAUGCAAGCCGAUCAACUUUCUAAAUUAAUCUUUCUUUGCUCAGUAUCUUAGAGACCCUAAAAAUUAACCAUAUUUCCUUUGUCUCCAAUCAACUCCCAUUUUUAACUCACCUAAUAUUCCCUUUAGAAUUCCUGUAAUCCAUGGUAUUCACUCACCAGUCCUGAUUUUAACACCUUCCAUUCAAUAUUUAGAUUCUCUCAGUACUCACUUAAAGUGCUUUAAUAUAUUUGAACAGUCUAUAAAUGGUGCUUUACUAGUACUCAAAGGGGCUGUAUGAUUUACUUUAUUAUAUAAUGCAUUUAAUAUUUUAUAUAAUCACCUACAAUGCACAGUAUUAGCUAUAUUCAUCUGAAUAACUGUAUGGCACUGCCAUUCAAUUACAAUACAUACGUCUUCACAGCAAUUGCAAUGAAUAGCCAUUUCUUGUAUAUUAAAAUGUAUAUACAAAUUAGAACUUUUACUUUUAUAAUUUAUUAAAGUUCAAAGAUCUGUGUUCUUUUGCAAAAGUGUUGAACUUUUCCCUUUGCUGACUCAUUGUGUCCAAAGAAACAUUGGAUGUGGGUGUACAGAGGAAAGCAGGUGGUUUCAGACUCCAGUGAGUGUCUGUUUCCUUUCCUAGAUGCUAGGUUUAGUUCACUCUGAUCAGGAUGGGGUUGCUGCAGAAGUCCUGAGCACAAACACAUUGUUAGUGUUUGGUCUGGGCUAGCAGACCCUCAGCUAGUAUAAAUAGGCACAGCUUCAUUGAAGUCAAACUAAUGUACACCAGCUUGGGAUCUGGUGCCACAUGUGUUCUGCUGAAGCCUGUGAAUGUCUGUCUUACUAGUUCACAUGUUGUCGACUUCGUUGAUUUAGUUAGUUGGACUUCGGUUUAUGAAUGGUAUGUUAUUUUUGCUUUGGAAGAGAGAUUUAUACUGUAAUUGU